AGCAUAAAUGAAAACUAAUCUUAUUGCGGAUCCGCAUUGCUGUAGUUAAAAACGUUGUCAAGACUCGUUCACUGUUGGUUAUUUAAUGGGUCCCAGGGGAUUAUUUCUCAAGAUAAAAACUGUUUACGGACUGAAACAGCCUGGAUCAAUGUAGCCUACACCUUCUGACAGCAUUUGACACUAAAGCAAGCAGAUGGACUUCUUAACUUGUAGUACUGUCAUGCUUCAGUUUUAAAUGAGUUGGUCAUGGAGAAAAGCGCUAAGUUUGGAAUACAUCGACUUUGCAUUUUCUUGAUUCUAUUUUUUUCAUUUUUCCCUUUCCAUUCCCAGGGAAGCUGGAUGUGGCUGGGAAUUACAUCUUUAAGUAUACCCGAGAAGAUGGGAUGCGGAAAUCUACCUCUUACAAACAAACAGAAAGAUCUAUGUAAAAGAAAGCCGUACCUUCUACCUAGCAUCAAAGAGGGAGCGCGGAUGGGCAUAUCUGAGUGUCAAACUCAGUUCAAAUAUGAAAGAUGGAAUUGCUCCACUACCUCAGAAUUUUCCGUGUUCGGAUAUGAGCUAACCAGCGGGACGAAGGAGACCGCCUUCAUCUAUGCAGUUAUGGCAGCUGGCCUGGUGCACACCGUGACGCGCUCCUGCAGUGCGGGGAACAUGACCGAGUGCUCCUGCGACACCACCCUGCAAGGAGGGGGCUCCCCCAGGGAGGGCUGGCACUGGGGGGGGUGUUCGGAUGACAUCCAGUACGGCAUGUGGUUCAGCCGAAGGUUCCUCGACAGCGCCACGGGGAACGCCUCUGCCCUGCUCGCCAUGAACCAGCACAACAGUGAGGCUGGCCGACAGGCCGUGGCGAAGAUGAUGUCCACAGACUGUCGCUGUCACGGGGUGUCGGGCUCUUGUGCCGUCAAGACCUGCUGGAAGACCAUGUCCACUUUCGAGAAGGUCGGCAGCUUCCUGAAGGACAGAUACGAGAACAGCAUUCAGGUGCUGGACAGGUCAAGAAAGAAGGUGCGCCGGAAAGAGAAAGACCAGAGGAGGGUACCGGUCAGCAAGGAAGAGCUGAUCUACGUGAACAAGUCCCCCAACUACUGUUUGGAGGACAGGAAAGCAGGGAUAGCCGGCACACGUGGCCGGAAGUGUAACCGCACCUCAGCAGGGCCUGAUGGGUGCAAUUUGCUUUGCUGCGGCCGAGGCUAUAACACACACGUCGUGCGGCACGUGGAGCGCUGCGAGUGCAAGUUUGUGUGGUGCUGCUAUGUGCGCUGCAGGCGCUGUGAAAGCAUGACUGACAUGCACACCUGCAAAUAGCAAACCGGCCUGCAGGAGUGGUCGGAGAACAGAUGAGACAGGCAGCCAUUUCAGAGAAAAAAGGGUAAAUCGAGAGGCAGAGCUUUCUGUCGAAAAGCGAGAACUCAGGAAGAAAAUGACGAAAGACGUGACCAAAAAUACAAGGAGACGACCCCCCCCCCCCCACAGCUGAAAAUCUUUUGAAGGUGUCAAGCAGAAAAAAAAAGACCGCGUGACCUCCUAAGAGACGGUAUUUACAUUCAGUGAUACAUGAACUCAUGAGGGGGGGGGAGACUGAUUUAAAAAACAUCUGAGUGAAAUAAAGACAUACCUUCUGCAAAACAGGUCCUCACCAGGCCUGAAUCUGUAGGCAUCAGCAUCAGGCUGCCAGUAAAAGAAGCCAAACACACCUACAUUACAGAAACAGUAAUGGUAAGUAUGGCGCGUUCAAGAUGCAAAAAAGGGAAUAUAAAGGGAAUAACUGUCAGAAAAUGCAAAAAGGUUUACAUUAAGUAAAAAAUCUGAAUUUAAUAAAAAAGCCAGAGCAUGUGAAGUUUGUGUAAAGGUCCGCAAUUUUUUUGUGAUGAGAACUGAUCUACUGCAGCCAUAAAUGUCUGAUGUAACUAAGCAACAAAGCUGCUAGAGUUGCUAUUAUGAGCAGUAGGAUUAUCUGAAUUAAACUGGAUAUGGUAGUAACAAAUCAUCCUUAAAAUAUAUACAAUAUUAUGUGAUCACAAAAACUUUGUCUUUAGGUAUUUUUCUCAUUUUAACAUUUUUAAAUUUACUAAAAGCUCAUAGGUUUGCAUAACCCCAACCAAAAUGUACAUUAAAAAAAAAUGUAUUUUGCUCUUGAAACAAAACAAUAGUGAUUUUGAAAUUUUAAAACUGU